AAAUUGUAGCAUUCUCAACAUCAAGUCAACUAGGCCUAAUAAUAGUAACAAUCGGCCUAAACCAACCACAACUAGCCUUUCUACACAUCUGUACCCACGCUUUCUUUAAAGCAAUACUAUUCUUAUGCUCCGGCUCAAUCAUUCAUAGCCUUAAUGAUGAACAAGACAUCCGUAAAAUGGGAGGCCUACAUAAACUAAUGCCAUUCACUUCAUCCUGCCUAACCAUUGGAAGCCUAGCGCUAACAGGAAUACCCUUUAUGACAGGCUUUUUCUCAAAAGAUGCAAUCAUUGAAGCCCUUAACACCUCAUAUCUAAACGCCUGAGCCCUCGCCCUAACAUUAAUUGCCACAUCAUUCACAGCAGUCUAUAGUCUACGAGUAAUCUUCUUUGUAACCAUGGGCUCCCCACGGUUCCUACCCCUAUCCCCCAUUAAUGAAAAUAACAAAGCAGUCAUUGCUCCCAUCGGACGCCUAGCAUGAGGAAGCAUUAUUGCAGGUCUAAUCCUUACCUCAAACUUCCUACCAUCAAAAACCCCUAUCAUAACAAUACCGACAUCCUUAAAACUAGCCGCACUAAUCGUCACCAUUACAGGCCUAAUUAUUGCUCUCACGCUAGCCACAGCAACAUCAAAACAAAUCAAAAUUACCCCAACCCUAGUCCUACAUAACUUCUCCAACAUACUAGGAUUCUUCCCACCCAUCAUCCACCGUCUUAUACCAAAACUAAACCUCACACUAGGAAAACAAGCCACAAAACUAGAUCGACAAUGACUAGAAAUAGGCCCUAAAGGACUACACCCAAUACACAAUUCACUAACUGCAAUAUUUGAUAACAUCGACACAAAUAUCAUCAAAAUCUACCUUACCUUUUACCUAAUUACCACAGCACUCACCAUUGCUCUCCUAUCCUUAAUUUAAACAGCACGAAGAGCCCCACGACUUAAACCUCGAGUUAACUCCAACACCACAAACAAACAUAAUAAUAAAACUCACGCACAUACAAUUAAUAACCCACCACCAGCAGAAUACAUCAAAGAAGCCCCACUAACAUCUCCACGAACCACAAAAAACUCCUUAAAUUCAUCCAUAACCACCCAAUGGCCGCCAUAUCCCCCUCAAAAUCAGCACAUGGCAACCCCUACCCCAAAUAAAUAAACCAAAACAUAAGCCUUAACAGACCCCCCUCCUCACGUCUCGGGAAACGGCUCAGCAGCUAACGCCGCUGAAUAUGCAAACACCACCAACAUCCCACCCAAAUAAAUCAAAAAUAACAUUAAACCAACUAAUGACCCCCCAUGCCCCACCAAAACCCCACAACCAACACCAGCCGCCAUAGCCAACCCUAACGCCGCAAAAUAAGGUGCAGGAUUAGAAGCUACCCCAACUAACCCCACAACUAAACAUAACAACAAUAAAUCAAAAAAAUAUAUCAUAAUUCCCACCCGGAUUUUAACCAGGACUAAUGACUUGAAAAACCACCGUUGUAAUUCAACUAUGAGAACCAUGGUCACCCGAAAAACACACCCAUUAUUCAAAAUUGUCAACGACGCACUCAUCGACCUUCCCGCCCCCUCUAAUAUCUCCGCAUGAUGAAACUUUGGCUCACUACUAUUAUUAUGUCUUGGAGUACAAAUCCUAACAGGACUAUUCCUAGCCAUACACUACACUUCUGAUAUCUCAACCGCAUUCUCAUCAGUAGUACACAUCUGCCGAGACGUCAACUACGGAUGAAUCAUCCGAAACCUUCACGCCAACGGAGCAUCCUUCUUCUUCAUCUGCAUCUACCUUCACAUUGGCCGUGGUCUGUACUAUGGCUCAUACCUAUACAAAGAGACCUGAAACAUCGGCGUCGUACUACUCCUUUUAGUAAUAAUAACAGCCUUCGUAGGAUACGUACUACCAUGAGGACAAAUAUCCUUCUGAGGUGCCACAGUAAUCACAAACCUCUUAUCAGCCGUACCCUACAUAGGAGAUGCCCUAGUCCAAUGAAUCUGAGGAGGCUUCUCCGUAGACAAUGCAACACUUACACGAUUCUUCGCAUUCCACUUCCUCCUACCAUUCACAAUCAUCGCAGCUACAAUUCUACACGCACUAUUCCUACACGAAACAGGAUCAAACAACCCAAUUGGACUAAACUCCGACGCAGACAAAAUCUCAUUCCACCCAUAUUUCUCCUACAAAGACCUACUAGGAUUUAUUAUUCUAUUAACAGCCCUCGCAUCUCUAAGCCUAUUCUCCCCAAACCUUCUAGGCGACCCAGAAAACUUCACUCCCGCCAACCCCCUAGUAACUCCACCUCACAUCAAACCAGAAUGAUACUUCCUAUUCGCAUACGCCAUCCUCCGAUCCAUCCCAAACAAACUAGGCGGAGUAUUAGCACUAUUAUUCUCCAUCCUGGUACUAAUAGUAGUACCACUACUACACCUCUCAAAACAACAGGGCCUAACCUUCCGACCUUUAUCCCAAAUCUUAUUCUGAACCCUAGUAGCAGAUGUAAUAAUCUUAACAUGAAUCGGCGGCAUACCAGUAGAACAUCCGUUCAUCAUUAUCGGACAAAUCGCCUCCAUCCUCUACUUCUCCCUAUUCCUCAUCUUAAACCCACUAGCAGCCUGACUAGAAAAUAAACUACUCAACCUAAAUUGCCCUAGUAGCUUAGCCACUAAAGCGCCGGUCUUGUAAUCCGGAGAUCGAAGGUUAAAAUCCUUCCUAGCGCCAGAAAAGAGAGAUUUUAACUCCCACCCCUAACUCCCAAAGCUAGGAUUCUAAACUAAACUAUUUUCUGCUAACAGAAAAUGUCCGACCUCAUUAACUUGCUAUGGUAUAGUACAUAUUAUGCAUAACUCAACACCAUGGUAUAGUACAUAUUAUGUAUAACUCCACAUAUUAAUGUUAAAGUACAUUUUCCAUCCUUCAAAACAUUACAUCUAAUUGUACCCGACAUUAUAUUAAAAUUCAAUGGGAACUCCUUCCAAAACGAAGAAAUUGAAGCCUCCUAUAACUGCACACACAAAUGUUUCCUUGCAUAACUCGGCUAAAAUUUAACAAAAUAAAUCUUAAUGUAGUAAGAAACCACCAACCUUGUAUUUCAAGAACAUAUCAUGAAUGAUAGAAUCAAGGACAAAAAUUGUGGGGGUUGCACAACUGCACUAUUACUGGCAUCUGGUUCCUAUUUCAGGAACAUAAAUAGUAAAUUCCUAUAAAAAUGCUCUAUAUCUGGCAUCACUUAAUGGUGGGACCUCGUCCUAGCAAAAACCCCACAUGCCAAGGCGUUCUUUCUAAAAGGCAUUUGGUUCUUCUUUUUUAGGGUCACUUUCACUUGGCAUAGCGAUGUAGGCAUUCAACAAAACUUUCAGUUCGUAUAUAAUAGUGUAUUUCCAAGCAAUAUGUAAUGUUUUAAUGACAUAUACUUAAAUCAUUGCAUAUAUCUCUAUCAAGUGCAUACCCUUUCAUUACUUCCUCCAUCUUCCCCUAAGAGUCCCCCUCCCCGCCAACGCGCGCGGGCGGUAAACCCCCCUACCCCCUAUGCCGAACAAGUCCUAAUUAAUCCUGUUAAACCCCUAAACCAGGUAAGGCUCGGUUGGCAUCUUCAACAAGUGGUGGUAUAUGUUGCUAUAUAGUAUUACAAAUUUACAUCACAUUAUAUAGCUAGUGUAGCUUAAACUAAAGCAUAACACUGAAGAUGUUAAGAUGAACCCUAGAAAGUUCCACAGGCACAAAGGCUUGGUCCUGACUUUACUAUCAGCCAUAACCCAACUUAUACAUGCAAGUAUCCGCAUCCCUGUGAGAAUGCCCUCAAUCCCCCGCCCGGGGACGAGGAGCAGGCAUCAGGCACAAUCCACAGCCCAAGACGCCUUGCUACGCCACACCCCCAAGGGAACUCAGCAGUAAUAAACAUUAAGCCAUAAGUGCAAACUUGACUUAGUCAGAGUUAAGAGGGUCGGUAAAAUUCGUGCCAGCCACCGCGGUUAUACGAAAGACCCCAGUUGAUAAACACGGCGUAAAGGGUGGUUAAGGGAAACAACUAAUAAAGCUAAAGACCCUCUAAGCCGUCAUACGCACUCCGAGGCCACGAAACCCAAACACGAAAGUAGCUUUAAACCUAUAACACCUGACCCCACGAAAGCUAAGAAACAAACUGGGAUUAGAUACCCCACUAUGCUUAGCCAUAAACCUAGAUGUACACUUACACACACAUCCGCCAGGGUACUACAAGCAUAGCUUAAAACCCAAAGGACUUGGCGGUGUCUCAGACCCACCUAGAGGAGCCUGUUCUAGAACCGAUAACCCCCGUUAAACCUCACCACUUCUUGUUCUUACCCGCCUAUAUACCGCCGUCGUCAGCUUACCCUGUGAAGGUAUAACAGUAAGCAAAAUGGGCUCGCCCAAAAACGUCAGGUCGAGGUGUAGCGUACGAAGUGGAAAGAAAUGGGCUACAUUUUCUAAAUCAGAAUAUUACGAACGGCACCCUGAAAAAAUGCCUGAAGGUGGAUUUAGUAGUAAAAAGCAAACAGAGUGUUCUUUUGAAUUAGGCUCUGAGACGCGCACACACCGCCCGUCACUCUCCCCUACACCAAUUUAAACCAACUAUUCCUAAUAACACACCUAAAAACACGGGGAGGCAAGUCGUAACAUGGUAAGUGUACCGGAAGGUGCACUUGGAAUAACCAGGACGUGGCUGAGAUAGAUAAGCAUCUCCCUUACACCGAGAAGACAUCCAUGCAAGUUGGAUCGCCCUGAGCUAAAAAGCUAGCUUAAACACCCAGAUACCAAAAACAACAUUAAAACACCUUACAAAAACACAACACCAAAAACUAAAACAUUUUCCCGCCCAAGUACGUGAGACAGAAAAGGCUCCACCCAAAGCAAUAAUGAAAGUACCGCAAGGGAACGCUGAAAGAGAAAUGAAACAAAUCAUCAAAGCACAACAAAGCAGAGACCAACACUCGUACCUUUUGCAUCAUGAUUUAGCCAGCCACCCUGAGCAAAGCGUACUUUAGUUCAAAACCCCGAAACUAAGUGAGCUACCCCGAGACAGCCUAUAAUAUAGGGCCAACCCGUCUCUGUGGCAAAAGAGUGGGAAGAUCUCCGGGUAGAGGUGACAGACCUACCGAACUUAGUUAUAGCUGGUUGCCUAAGAAAUGAAUAGAAGUUCAGCCUCGCACUCCUCAACUCACAAACACAUUAUUUUGACACGAAUUAGAGAAACAUGCGAGAGUUAGUCAAAGGGGGUACAGCCCCUUUGAAACAGAAUACAACCUCACCAGGAGGUUAAAGAUUAUAUUAAACAAGAUAUACCGCUUUAGUGGGCCUAAAAGCAGCCAUCUAAAUAGAAAGCGUUAAAGCUCCUGCGGACCAAAAAUCUAUUAUCUAAAUAUUCCAUCUAAAACCCCUAAUUCUAUUAGGCCAUUCCAUGCCCACAUGGAAAAGAUACUGCUAAAAUGAGUAAUAAGAAGGAAUACCCUUCUCCUUAAGCCUACGUGUAUGCUAGACCGGACCACCCACUAGCAAUUACCGAACCCAACAAAAGAGGGCAAUGUGGCCUUAAUAAAUACCAAGAAAUACCCACAACCCAAAUCGUUAAUCCCACACCGGAAGGCCUGUUUCUAAAGGAAAGACUAAAAGAAGAGGAAGGAACUCGGCAAACAUAAGCCUCGCCUGUUUACCAAAAACAUCGCCUCCUGCAAAAACCAAUAUAUAGGAGGUCUUGCCUGCCCAGUGACUAAUUAAACGGCCGCGGUAUUUUGACCGUGCGAAGGUAGCGCAAUCACUUGUCUUUUAAAUGAAGACCUGUAUGAAUGGUGGAACGAGGGCUUAACUGUCUCCCCCUUCGAGUCAAUGAAAUUGAUCUGCCCGUGCAGAAGCGGACAUAAAAAUACAAGACGAGAAGACCCUUUGGAGCUUAAGAUACAAGAUCAACUAUGUCAAGAACCAAAAAGUUAAACUAAAUAGCAACUGAUCCCUAUCUUCGGUUGGGGCGACCGCGGGAGAAAACAAAGCUCCCACGCGGACUGGGGCAACCCCUAGAACCAAGAAAGACAUUUCUAAGUCACAGAAUAUCUGACCAUUAAGAUCCGGCCACACGCCGACCAACGGACCAAGUUACCCUAGGGAUAACAGCGCAAUCCUCUUCCAGAGUCCAUAUCGACAAGAGGGUUUACGACCUCGAUGUUGGAUCAGGACAUCCUAAUGGUGCAGCCGCUAUUAAGGGUUCGUUUGUUCAACGAUUAAAGUCCUACGUGAUCUGAGUUCAGACCGGAGCAAUCCAGGUCAGUUUCUAUCUGUAAUGCCAUUUUUCCUAGUACGAAAGGACCGGAAAAAGGGGGCCCAUAUAAUCUAUACGCCCCACCCCAACUUAAUGAAACCAACUAAAUUAAAAAAAGGGAGAGCAUAAUCCCACAUCAAGAUAAGAUUAUUAAGAUGGCAGAGCCCGGCAAUUGCAAAAGGCCUAAGCCCUUUCACCCGGAGGUUCAAAUCCUCCUCUUAAUUAUGAUAACCCUUCUAAUAACACACAUUAUUAAUCCCCUAGCAUACAUCGUACCAGUACUAUUAGCACUAGCCUUCCUGACACUCCUAGAACGCAAAGUACUAGGAUACAUACAACUACGCAAAGGCCCCAAUGUAGUAGGCCCAUAUGGCCUACUACAACCAAUCGCAGAUGGUGUAAAACUAUUUAUUAAAGAACCCAUCCGCCCAUCAACCUCUUCACCUUUCCUCUUCCUAACAACCCCGGUACUAGCCCUCACCCUCGCCCUAAUACUAUGAACCCCCAUACCAAUCCCAAACCCAGUAGCAGAUAUAAACCUAGGUAUACUAUUCAUUCUAGCCCUAUCCAGCCUAGCAGUAUACUCCAUCCUAGGAUCAGGAUGAGCAUCCAAUUCAAAAUACGCCCUAAUCGGAGCACUACGAGCAGUUGCCCAGACCAUUUCUUAUGAAGUAAGCCUGGGACUAAUUCUAUUAUCCACCAUUAUCUUUACCGGAGGUUUCACUUUACAAAUAUUUAACACAACCCAAGAAGCCAUCUGACUAAUAUUACCUGCUUGACCACUAGCUGCCAUAUGAUACAUCUCCACCUUAGCAGAGACAAACCGAGCACCUUUCGACCUCACAGAAGGAGAAUCAGAACUAGUAUCAGGCUUCAACGUAGAAUAUGCAGGAGGCCCAUUCGCAUUAUUCUUCCUAGCCGAAUACGCCAACAUCCUACUAAUAAAUACACUAUCCACAAUUCUAUUUCUAGGUGCCACUUAUACCCCUAUCACCCCAGAAUUAGCUUCCAUUAACAUUAUAACAAAAGCAGCACUACUUUCAGUCCUAUUCCUAUGAAUUCGAGCAUCCUACCCACGAUUCCGAUAUGACCAACUCAUACAUCUCGUAUGAAAAAACUUCCUACCAAUAACACUAGCACUUAUCCUAUGACAUGCCGCCUUACCAAUUGCAUUUACAGGAUUACCCCCACAACUGUAACCCCAGGAGCUGUGCCUGAACGCCCAAGGGCCACUUUGAUAGAGUGACUUACGAAGGUUAAAAUCCUUCCAGCUCCUUAGAAAGAGGGGACUCGAACCCAUAUCAUGGAGAUCAAAACUCCAAGUGUUUCCAUUACACCACUUCCUAGUAAGAUAAGCUAAUUAAAGCUUUUGGGCCCAUACCCCAAAAAUGUAGGUUAAAAUCCUUCUCUUACCAAUGAGCCCCUACGUCAUUAUAAUCCUAUUAUCAAGCUUGGGACUAGGCACAACCCUAACCUUUAUAAGCUCCCAUUGAUUACUAGCCUGAAUAGGACUAGAAAUUAAUACAUUAGCGAUCCUCCCCCUAAUAGCCCAACACCACCACCCACGAGCCGUAGAAGCAACAACCAAAUACUUUUUAGCACAAGCAGCAGCAGCAGCCACAAUCCUAUUCGCCAGCACUAUAAACGCUUGAAACACAGGAGAAUGAAACAUCUCAUGUCUAACAGACCAAACCGCCGUCACACUAACCACUAUAGCAUUAGCACUAAAAGUAGGACUAGCCCCAAUACACUUCUGAAUACCACCCGUAAUACAAGGACUAGACCUCACAACAGGCCUAAUUAUAGCCACCUGACAAAAACUAGCACCAUUCUCCCUAAUUAUUCAAAUAGCCCCACUAACACACCCACAACUACUAACCGCCCUAGGCUUAGCAUCCGUAUUUAUUGGGGGCUGAGCAGGACUCAAUCAAACCCAACUACGAAAAAUUAUAGCCUACUCAUCCAUCGCACACCUAGGAUGGAUAAUUACCAUUACACAAUUCAAACCAGAAUUAACAAUUCUCACACUAAUCAUAUACAUUAUCAUAACCUCAGCAACCUUCCUAACAUUCAAACUAAUAGGAGCAACAAAAAUCAACACACUAGCAAUAAACUGACCAAAAACCCCAAUCAUCACAGCAACCACUGCCCUAACACUACUAUCCCUCGGAGGACUACCCCCAUUAACAGGAUUUAUACCAAAAUGACUAAUCCUACAAGAACUCACAACACAAAAUUUACCACUCACCGCAACAAUUAUAGCCCUCAGCGCCCUACUAAGCCUAUAUUUCUACCUACGAUUAUGCUACGCAAUAACCCUAACAAUUUCACCAAAUACAAACAACUCAUCAACCCCCUGACGCCUACAAAAUAACCAAAACACCAUCCUAUUAGCAAUAUUCAUAACCACCACACUCCUACUACUACCACUCACACCACUAGUUCAAGCACUAGUCAACUAGAGAUUUAGGAUAACACCAGACCAAAAGCCUUCAAAGCUUUAAGUAGGAGUGAAAAUCUCCUAAUCUCUGUCCUAAGACUUGCAGGACUCUAUCCCACAUCUUCUGAAUGCAACCCAGACACUUUAAUUAAGCUAAAGCCUUACUAGAUGAGAAGGCCUCGAUCCUACAAACUCCUAGUUAACAGCUAGGCGCCCAAACCAGCGAGCAUUCAUCUACUUUCCCCGCCGCCUACACAUAAGGCGGGGAAAGCCCCGGCGGGGGUUUAACCUGCAUCUUUAGAUUUGCAAUCUAACAUGUUAUACACCACAAGGCUUUAAAACUGAUUGAUAGGAAAAGGACUCAAACCUUUGUUCAUGGAGCUACAAUCCACCGCCUAACCCUCGGCCAUCCUACCUGUGACGAUCACGCGCUGAUUUUUCUCAACCAACCAUAAAGACAUUGGCACCCUUUAUCUAGUAUUUGGUGCCUGAGCCGGAAUAGUCGGCACAGCCCUUAGCUUGUUAAUCCGGGCGGAACUAGCACAACCCGGAGCCCUUUUAGGAGACGACCAGAUUUAUAAUGUUAUUGUUACUGCACAUGCCUUCGUAAUAAUCUUCUUUAUAGUAAUACCAAUUAUGAUUGGUGGCUUCGGAAACUGACUAGUGCCACUAAUGCUAGGGGCUCCUGAUAUAGCAUUCCCACGAAUAAAUAACAUAAGCUUCUGACUACUUCCCCCAUCAUUCCUAUUGCUACUCGCCUCAUCAGGUGUUGAAGCAGGGGCUGGGACAGGGUGAACAGUAUAUCCACCCCUUGCAGGAAACCUCGCACAUGCAGGAGCUUCCGUAGAUUUAACUAUUUUUUCCCUACAUCUAGCAGGUGUCUCAUCAAUUCUUGCAUCUAUUAAUUUCAUUACAACUAUUAUUAAUAUGAAACCCCCAGCUAUUUCACAAUAUCAAACACCUUUAUUUGUCUGAUCAGUAAUGAUUACAGCAGUACUCCUACUGCUCUCCCUCCCCGUACUAGCAGCAGGAAUUACCAUGCUAUUAACGGACCGAAAUCUAAAUACUACAUUCUUUGACCCUGCCGGGGGAGGAGACCCAAUCCUCUACCAACAUCUCUUCUGAUUCUUCGGACAUCCAGAAGUAUAUAUUCUAAUUCUACCAGGUUUCGGAAUAAUUUCCCAUAUUGUAGCCUACUACUCGGGCAAAAAAGAACCAUUCGGCUAUAUAGGAAUGGUUUGAGCAAUAAUAGCAAUCGGCCUUCUAGGGUUCAUUGUAUGAGCCCAUCACAUAUUUACAGUAGGAAUAGAUGUAGACACCCGAGCAUAUUUUACGUCUGCAACAAUAAUCAUUGCAAUUCCAACAGGUGUAAAAGUAUUUAGCUGAUUAGCCACACUACAUGGAGGAUCUAUUAAAUGAGAGACUCCAAUACUUUGGGCCCUAGGAUUCAUCUUCCUAUUCACCGUAGGUGGACUUACCGGAAUCAUAUUAGCCAAUUCGUCCCUAGAUAUCAUAUUACAUGAUACCUACUACGUAGUAGCCCACUUCCACUAUGUACUAUCAAUAGGAGCUGUCUUUGCCAUUAUGGGAGCCUUCGUACACUGAUUCCCCCUAUUUACAGGAUACACAAUACAUGAUACAUGAACAAAAAUCCACUUCGGAACAAUAUUUGUGGGAGUAAACUUAACAUUCUUCCCACAACACUUCCUAGGCCUAGCCGGAAUACCACGACGAUACUCAGACUAUCCAGAUGCCUAUUCACUAUGAAACAUCAUUUCUUCUAUUGGAUCAAUGGUAUCUAUAGUAGCAGUUGUAAUAUUCCUAUUUAUUUUAUGAGAAGCAUUUGCCGCAAAACGAGAAGUUCUAUCUGUUGAACUAACUGCCACAAACGCAGAGUGACUCCACGGAUGUCCACCACCAUACCACACAUUUGAAGAACCUGCUUUUGUACAAGUACAAACUAACUAACGAGAAAGGAAGGAAUCGAACCCCCGUAAACUAGUUUCAAGCCAGUCACAUAUCCACUCUGUCACUUUCUUUAAUAA